AUGUCCAUCACCAACGGCACCAAUGGCACCCACGCCGCCUCCGAGACUGUGGCCUCGAAAUCCAACAUCGGCGUCUUCACGAAUCCCAACCACGACCUCUGGGUCGCAGACGCGUCGCCCUCGCUCGAGGACGUCCAAGCGGGCAAGGACCUGAAAGAAGGGGAAGUCUACAUCGGCGUCAAGAGCACCGGGAUCUGUGGCUCGGACGUGCACUUCUGGCACGCAGGCUGUAUAGGCCCCAUGAUCGUGACGGCCGACCACAUCCUCGGCCACGAGUCCGCGGGCGUGGUCCUCAGUGCACACCCCUCGGUGAAGACGCUGAAGCCCGGGGACCGAGUGGCGAUCGAGCCCAACAUUCCGUGUUUCCAGUGCGAGCCCUGUCUGACGGGACGGUACAAUGGAUGCGAGAGUGUCGAAUUCCUGAGCACCCCGCCCGUCGACGGCCUGUUGCGCCGGUACGUCAAGCACCCGGCCGCGUGGUGCCACAAGAUCGGCGACAUGAGCUACGAGAACGGCAGCCUGUUGGAGCCCCUGUCCGUGGCGCUCGCCGGGAUGGACCGCGCAGGCGUCCGACUGGGAGAUCCGGUCCUGAUAUGCGGCGCCGGCCCGAUUGGGCUGGUGUCGUUGCUGUGCUGUGCCGCGGCGGGGGCGUCUCCGCUGCUGAUCACCGACAUCGACGCUGGGAGGCUGAAGUUUGCAAAGGAGCUCGUCCCGCGCGUGUCGACGUUCCAGGUGCCCAUGGGCAAGUCGGCCGAGGAGUGUGCCGACCAGAUUGUCGAGGCCAUGGGCGGGAUCAGACCUCGCGUGGCCAUCGAAUGCACGGGCGUCGAGUCGUCGGUCAAUGCGGCCAUUUGGUCCGUCAAGUUCGGCGGCAAAGUCUUCAUCAUCGGCGUGGGCAAGAACGAGAUGAAGAUCCCGUUCAUGCGCCUCUCGACCCAGGAGAUCGACCUGCAGUAUCAGUACCGGUACAGCAACACGUGGCCCAAGGCGAUCCGGUUGGUGGAGAGCGGAGUGAUCAGCCUGGAGAAGCUGGUCACACACCGGUAUAACAUGAGUGACGCGAUCGAGGCAUUCAAGACGGCCAGCGAUCCGAAAAGCGGGGCCAUCAAGGUGCAGAUCAAGAACGACGACAGCUUAUGA